AUGACGACCAGCAGACAAACCAUUGACCGUAUCAUCCCCGCGCGAUUCGGCAACACCGUGAUCGGAACCGUCGUCACUCGCUCGGCAGCUUCCGGGUAUCACGUCGAAGAGUUCAGCUGCUGCAACGCCUCAGCACAGUCUUCUUCACAGCAGCAGCAGCAGCAGCAGGAGCAACACAAUCAUCAGUCCACUCGAUUGACCACUGCAGCGCUGCCUUCAUUGACGAGAUUGUCGCUGCUAGCCGCUCCUACGACGAGUGCGGCCGAAACAGCCAACCGCUUCUUGUUAAGACCUCCACUAGCAAAACGUCAAAGUAGCGCGGUAUUAGCUCAGGACUCUGUGGCGACUCCCGGCGAUCGAAUUCGCUUUGGUGUCCCGUACACAGAGACAUCGACCGACAGCGGUUUACCUGCACGAAUCGGACCACCUGCGACCACGAACUUGUCAACCCUUCAUCAAAAGCCCACGACGUUCAGGAUGCGCGGAGUGAGCGCCAAAUCCAAAGCCUGUCGCGAGCAGGGCCGAUCCAACCAAGCUCGGUACCGCCAAAAGCAGCGAGAAUACGUGCUAAAGCUCGAGUUGACGGUCGCCAAACUACGCGCUGAGACGCCAAUGCUGGAGAUAGAGCGGCGUCGUCUUCACUACGGUUCAGCGCAACGCGUCUGGGACGUUGGAUUCGAGUACUUUCGGCUCUUUCGCUACGGAGUCGGCGACUCGAUUGUGCAGGGGUCUCCAGAUGCUUGUGGCCUCCCGCGAGCUUCGGAAGCUCAGAAACAAUUGAUGUUCCUGCGAUCGACCAUGGCACCGGAUGUUGCGUUUGGUAGCAUGAGUGGGGUCGAGCACCUGAUGGCGCACUGGCGGCGACUGUCAACGAAUCACGAUCAUCUGCGCUUCCACCUCACGCACAUGGACAAGCUGUCUGAGAGCAUUGUCGUCGCUACGGCUGUACUGAGUGUGACAGUUACGAAAUCCACGCUGGAGUGUGUCUUUUCCCAUCUCUUGGAGUCUGACAACAUCAAGGAUUUGUCGCUGGCAGUGAAUCUGCUCGGCCACCGAUUACACUACCCAUGCUCCGUGACCUUUGUGUGGGACGAAGAAAGUAGCUUGGUGGAGCGGGUGGAGACCGAUAUCGACGCAACGUCGCCGCUAUUGGCAUUUCUCGGCAACCUCGACGACACUUCCCGCGUAAUCGAAAGAGCCGUCCUGGCUCCAAGCAGCCUUGUCGACGUGGCAAGAAGCCCGGCAGCAUGA